AAAUGUCAAAAUGUUGUUUUACUGGUGCAGUCAGUAGCCUAGCUAAGUAAUUUUUAUUUCGUUCUUAUAUUUUGGUACGAAUGUGAUGGAAAAAAAGUAAAGAUAAUUGACAAAUGGUGUGCAAAAGCAUUUCAUGAUUACUUUUAUUACGUUUCGUCCACGUAUUCUUUUAUGUUUUAUUAUCCUAACAAAUUUUUGUUCAAAUGAAAUGCAAUAUUCGAGAACUCGCUCAUUUGAGCGAUCAACCUUGUGUUAUUGAAGGAAGAUUAAACUAUAAAAAGGUAUCUAAUGGCGGUUAUCGUAAUCAGGCAGUUUUCAAAGAGCGAUGGUUUCGGCUGAUAAAUAAUUAUUUAUUUUAUUUUAAAAUAAGUGAAAUGGGGAAGUUUGAUACGAAAAGUCCAGCAGGAAUGUUUGUAUUAGAGAAUUCUUCAAUACAGAUGGAACAUGGCCAGAGUAUACCAUUUUCAUUUUCAAUAUCAUUUAUAGAUGAACCUGAAAAACGCCAUGUUUUUGCGGCUCGUGCUGAAGAUAAUGUGGUCCAAUGGGUGAUGAAACUAAGAGAGAGCUCUUAUGAAUAUCUACGCAACAGACUUCAUGCACUGCAGUCAAAAAUAUUUGCUAUCACUGGAAAGGAUCCCUUGUUGCUGGUACCAAGAAAUGAAGGAGCUUGUUUGUGGGCACCAGCCGUACCAUUUUCAACAGCUCCAGCUUGCACUGUGAACACAAGUUCCUUUAGUUGUCAUCUGCAUACCAAUGGCGCGUUUACACUUGAAAGAAGCAAAUCAGAUGUCCAGGCUCAUAAGCACUUCCAAUCAGAAUACUCGAAAAAGGCGACUUUUUAUACUGACGAUCAUAAAAAGACUGAAAAACAUGAAGAAACUUCUUGUGAAGUGUAUUCUCUUGGGCGAAGUAAAACAGCAGCUCUGAUGCCAGGCAGCAUGAAUCCAAUAGACACUUCAAUUUUCGACAACCGGCCGUUGUAUUCUCGAGCAGCACCAAGUCCGCCUGUCAGAACCAAGCUGUCGCCAAACACUAGGCGAGUUGAAAUAAAUCAAGAAGUCAAGUAUUUUGCUGAACAAAGUAGACAUUUAGGCAUAACAAGUAUCUUAGCUGAAGCUCCAAUUCCGCCUAGAAGAAAAGUAUCCCCUAAAAAUUUAGAGGCUCCAAACCCCACUGUAGACUUAACAAAUACUUCCAGUAGAGAUAAUACAGAUGGAAGUGAUGAUCUGAUAAAAUUUUAGUUGUAGUAUACUAGAUAGAGAUCCCACCUAUUACUUGUGUAGUAACUUGCCAGUUGUAUAUAUAAUUGUGGAAUUACAAUAAUAAUUAUUUUUUGUAAUGUUGAAAGUAUUUGAUAUCCAAUGUUUAAGAUUUAAUAUUUAGUAUAUGGAAGACAGCCUUCCAGUAACUGUAGGCGACAGUGACUCAUAGAAAGAAGUAAGGACUCGAGAUUUUUAUAAAUUUGAUAGAUUUCAUAAGGUUUAUAUAGUAAAAUUAAACCAAAAACAUAGGUAUAAUGAACACUCAGUAGCAUUUUUGAUAGCCAUUCGUAAUUUGUUUUAUUCUAAGGUAAAUAUUUGUACAAACAAAACGAACUACCUUUAUGAUGCUAUGUCCCGUAAAGUAUUUGAACAAAGUAAUGUAGUAAUGUUUGCUUGGAUAUUGCCUAUUUUAAAAUAUAUUUGGUGCUCUUAGCAAACAAGCUUAUAAAUAAAAAAAUAUAUUUUAAUGAA